AAGCGAACUUUAUUUAGCUUCCAACUUAUUGACAUCAAUCAUCCCAUCGACGUUAUGGACUAACGAGGAACUUCAAGUAAUGGACCUAUCACAUAAUUUUCUCAAUGGUUCGCUUGUUCCAGAAAUUGGCAGCAUGGUGAGAAUGAGACAAUUAUAUCUAUCUAGCAAUCAGUUCUCUGGCGAGAUUCCAAGCACUAUUGGGAAGCUUCAGAAUUUGAUAGAUCUAACAUUGUCAAACAAUCGGUUAAAUGGUCCUAUACCCGAGUCGAUUGGUGAUUUGAUUGCAUUGCAAACUUUGGAUCUAUCUAAAAACAAUCUCAACGGAGUAAUCCCCAUGUCGUUGGUGAAGCUGGAGUACCUUGGGUAUUUCAAUGUUUCGUUCAAUGAUCUCACUGGUGAAAUUCCAAAUGAAGGGCCUUUUAAGAACUUUACCUCAGAGUUUUUCAUAGGCAAUAGAGAAUUUUGUGGAGCAUCUCAAUUUAAGGUCAAGCCAUGCAAAUAUAAUAGAACCAGAUUAACUAUAAAAACUAAAGUUUUGAGGUACAUUUUACCAUCAGUUGUUGUGGUAUUAAGUCUGGUCAUUAGUUUAGUUUAUUUAAUGAGACGCCACAACAAAAAGAAACUUCUUCCAGCUCAGUCUACUUCUCCCAUCACCAUCAAGAGGAUUUCAUAUCAUGAAGUUCUAAAUGCUACUAACAAAUUUGGUGAAGAUAAUCUGAUUGACAAAGGUAGUAUUGGUUCAGUGUACAAAGGAAUAUUUUCAGAUGGUAUGAUUGCUGCUGUUAAGGUUUUUAAUCUAGAUUUGGAAUGUGCAAACAAGAGUUUUGAAACUGAGUGCCAAAUUCUGUGCAAUACUCGUCAUAGAAAUCUUGUCAAGGUAAUUACCAGUUGCUCUAACCUUGAUCUGAAAGCUUUGGUGUUGGAAUAUAUGCCGAAUGGAAACCUUACCAAAUGGUUGUCCUCGAGCAACUGUUUCCUGAAUACAGCUCGAAGAUUGGAAAUAAUGAUAGAUGUGGCAUGUGCACUAGAGUAUCUACACCAUGGGUAUUCCUCUCCAAUUGUCCAUUGUGAUUUGAAGCCUAGCAACGUACUUUUAGAUGAAAAUAUGAUUGCCCAUGUUGCAGACUUUGGCAUUGCCAAACUUUUUACAAAAGACCAGAGAAUUUCAAUGUCCAAGACGUUGGGCACCAUUGGAUAUAUGGCUCCAGAGUAUGGAUCGACAGGAUUAAUAUCGCCUAUGGCAGAUGUUUAUAGCUAUGGGAUUAUGCUAAUGGAAACAUUUACCAAGAAGAAGCCAACAGAUGAUAUGUUUGUUGGAGAGUUCACCAUGAGGAGGUGGGUGUUUGAAUCAUUCCCAAAUGCAAUAAUGCACAUAGUGGAUGUUGAUCUAGUACAUGCAGCUGAAAACGAUAUUUCAGCUAAAGAGAUAUGUUUUAGAUCAGUCAUGGAACUAGCAUUAGAAUGCACAGUUGAUUUAUCUGAGGAGAGGCUCAAUAUGAAAGAUGUUCUAACAAGGCUCAAGAAGAUCAAAACUAAAUUUUGUUAAAGUAUAAAUGAGGUGGAAUUAGAUGAAGAGGUUUAUUUCUUUGUCACAAUUGAUUUUUCUAUCUAACGAGAACAGAAAAAGAUGAUUAUUUCAAGCUUAUUACAUACUGCUAUUGCAUAAAACUUGGCAAUCGUAUGAAGAUUUUUUAAGCUCUGUGUGGCAAUUGUCAGAAGAUUUUUAAGCUUUGGUUGGCUUCUAUUGUUGUGUUGUAGUAGUGUUAUGGCCCCAAAAAUUGUACAAUAAAGUAAUUUGUAUGAUGAAUAAACAAUGUUAUGAAGUUAUUGUAAAAUAAGUUAAAGUAUGUUUAUGUAUUUGGUUAAUUUACUGUAAGAUGUUGUAGUGAAUGAGAUCUCAAUAUUUUCAUUA